AUGUGGAAACAAAAGAUUGGCGAGCAGGUCAAGUGGCUAAAGAAGCUCAACCCUGACACUUCAGGAAAGAGGGACCAGAGCAAGUUUUGUAGGUUCCAUGAAGAUCAUGGCCACAUCACUGACGAAUGCAGAAAACUUAAGGAUGAGAUAAAACGAUUAAUUAGAGACAAUCAACUCAGAAGAUUUACAAGAGAAAGUCAGGAUGAAAGAAGAACAUCUACCUCUAGAAGCAAGGAAGUCACUGCAAAAAAAGAUGAGAGUCUGAUCAGAGUAAUUAGUGUAAUCGCAGGCAGACCAAACAUAGGAAAUAUAGGCAAUAAGAGGCCAGCUGAGCCGAGCAAUACUAGAGGCCAAAAAAUCUUCUCGGUCGAUAAAAAUGAAUUGAGCAAGGAGAUCAUCACCAUCAGUCCUAAUGACCAUGAGAUGAAUAGGUACACAGUACUAUGGGUGCUAAUUGACACAGGUAGCUCAGUGAACCUCCUGACAAAAGAAAUCUUGGAGAAACUUGGGCAUAAGUCAAAAAACCUAGCAAAAGUCAUGUUGGUCAACCUUAGUGAAAAGACAGUCCUCAUUCUUGGAACUAUUAACUUGGCAGUGGUCUUAGGUGAUGAAGGAUACAAGCAGGAAAUUUACACGAAAUUUGCGAUAGUCGAUAUUCCCCUAUCAUACAAUAUUAUCCUCGGGUGA